AGGCGGAGCCUCAUUGGCCGCUGAGCCUCUGGGCUGCGCGGGGGCGGGGCCUGUGGCGAACCCCAGGCCGGAGGCAGGACAACCCGGGAGAGCCCCAACCCGCGCCUGAGCGUGAGCCCGAACCUGCGGCAGAGUAGUCAGCAUGCUGCGCUUCCUGGUGCCCCGGCUGCUCUGCCUCCGAGGCAGGACUGCCCCGUACUCCUCAGCAGCAGCCCUUCCUAGCCCCAUCCAGAACCCAGACAUUCGCUACAGCCAGCUAUUCAUCAACAACGAGUGGCAAGAUGCAGUCAGCAAGAAGACCUUCCCAACAGUCAACCCCUCUACGGGAGAGGUCAUCGGCCAUGUGGCCGAAGGGGACCGAGCCGAUGUGGAUCGGGCAGUGAAAGCAGCUCGCGAGGCCUUCCGCCUGGGGUCUCCAUGGCGCCGGAUGGAUGCCUCUGAGCGGGGCCGGCUGCUGAACCGCCUGGCUGACCUAGUGGAGCGGGAUCGUGUCUACUUGGCCUCACUGGAGACCUUGGACAACGGGAAGCCUUUCCAGGAGUCUUACGUCUUGGACCUGGAUGAGGUCAUCAAGGUGUACCGGUACUUUGCCGGCUGGGCUGACAAGUGGCACGGCAAGACCAUCCCCAUGGACGGUGAGCAUUUCUGCUUCACCCGGCAUGAGCCCGUGGGUGUCUGUGGCCAGAUAAUCCCGUGGAACUUCCCCUUGGCCAUGCAGGGCUGGAAACUCGCCCCGGCACUUGCCACUGGCAACACCGUGGUCAUGAAGGUUGCAGAGCAGACCCCCCUUUCUGCCCUGUACUUGGCCUCCCUCAUCAAGGAGGCAGGCUUCCCCCCUGGGGUGGUGAACAUCAUCACAGGCUAUGGCCCAACAGCAGGAGCGGCCGUGGCCCAGCACAUGGAUAUUGACAAAGUUGCUUUUACUGGCUCGACCGAGGUGGGCCACCUGAUCCAGAAGGCAGCUGGAGAUUCCAACCUCAAGAGAGUCACCUUAGAGCUGGGCGGGAAGAGCCCCAGCAUCGUGUUGGCGGACGCUGACCUGGGCCACGCCGUGGAGCAGUGCCACGAAGCCCUCUUCUUCAACAUGGGCCAGUGCUGCUGUGCAGGGUCCCGGACCUUCGUCGAAGAAUCCAUCUAUGAUGAGUUUCUUGAGAGAACAGUGGAGAAAGCUAAGCAGAGGAAAGUUGGGAACCCCUUUGAGCUGGACACCCAGCAGGGGCCCCAGGUGGACAAGGAGCAGUUUGAGCGGAUCCUGGGCUACAUCCGGGUUGGCCAGAAGGAGGGGGCAAAACUUCUCUGCGGUGGGGAGCGUUUUGGGGAGCGGGGUUUCUUCAUCAAGCCCACCGUCUUUGGUGGUGUGCAAGAUGACAUGAGGAUUGCCAAGGAGGAGAUCUUUGGGCCUGUGCAGCCCCUGUUCAAAUUCAAGAAAAUUGAGGAGGUGAUCGAGAGGGCCAACAACACCAGGUACGGCUUGGCUGCCGCUGUGUUCACACGGGACCUAGACAAGGCCAUGUACUUCACACAGGCACUCCAAGCGGGGACGGUGUGGGUAAACACCUACAACAUUGUCACUUGCCACACGCCGUUUGGAGGCUUUAAGGAGUCCGGUAAUGGGAGGGAGCUGGGGGAGGACGGGCUUAAGGCCUACACAGAGGUGAAGACAGUCACCAUCAAGGUUCCACAGAAGAAUUCGUAAGAACGUCCACCCUGAAGACCCAGCUCCAGUCCAAGAAUUCCACCACCGUCUACCCAGUGGUCGCCAACAACUUUUUCGUCAUGGACCCCCUCUGUUUGCUCCAAAUGAACAUUUAGAACCUCAACAAAUGAAAUAAUUAGAAUCAGAGCUGCUCUGGUUAAAGCAGGGAUGGGACUGGGCUCAGAGUCCUGUCCACCUGCGCCCCAACCCCAGCCGCCUUGGAGGCCCUGUGCUGCUUCCAUGAAACCGUAAGAACCCCUGGAAGAUAGAAAAACUAAAAACCACUGAUCUGGACCUUAGUUCUUCCUGCUGACCCAGGGCUUUCUAAUAGUUAACCUGCGGGCUUAGUGGGUGGGCUCCCCUCAGACAUGGGAUUAGAAGGCAUUGGGAGUUUUGAUAGGGGUCAGAUUUUGGCCCCAUUCUUCAUUGACUUAACCUAAAAAUCAGGGGUGCUUUUCCUUUUCUAAGUACCAGUUUUUUACUAUUUUGCUUGCUUGGCCUUCAUUUUCCUUAAUUUGAGGGAAGGAACGGGCAAAGAAUGAAUGUACAUAAGCGUUCCUUUAAAAUAAAUGAAAACAACCCAAAUGUCCAUCAGCUACUGAGUGAAUAAGCAAAAUGUUUCCAUGGAAUAGCCCUUGUACUUUUCAGCCAUAAAAAGGAGUGAAGUACUGGCACACGCUGCAGCAUGGAUAACCCUUGAAAACAUGCUGAGUGAAAGGACAUACAAGGCCACAUAGAGUAUGUUGCCAUUUAGAUGAAACACCCAGAAUAGGCAAAUCCAUAGAGACAGAAAGCGGUUUAGUGGUUGCGAGGGGGUGGGGGAGGGGGAAUGGGGAGCAACUGCUAAUGGGUAUGAGAAUUUCCAGGGGAGGUUUUAAAAUAUUGUGGAAUUGGAUAGUGGUGAUGGUUGCACAACUUUGUGAAUAUACUAAAAAGCCCUGAAUUGCAUACUUUGAAAGGGUGAAUUUAAUGUGAAUUUAUUUCAAUUAGAAGUUAAAUAAACUCAUACCUUCCGUUUGCAAAUA